AUGAGCACCAAUACCAUCAUGACCAUGGCCGUUCUUUUCGACAACGCGGACACCACCAGACACGGCAGGCCCGCGGCCACGGCCGACGCAGGGCGUGGGCGCCUCGUCGGCGGGUGGCUGGUCCUGGUCGUGGUGGCCGCGGGCUUCGUGGUGUCGGUGAUCUUUCAGGCCGGGGACUACCCGACGAUACCCCUCGCGGUCACGAUCUUCGCGUGCCCCCUGGCCAUCCUCCUCUUCCGCCACGCCACGAGGCCGACGAAGCACGUGGGCCGCUCGACGUCGGGCCUGCUGGAGGACCUCAGCGACCGAAUCAACGCGCUGGGGGCGCUCGCGGCCAGGGAGCAGGACCAGAAGAACUUCUAUGCCGCCGCCACCGUCGCCUUCGUGCUGGCGGGGCUCAUGUGCCUGGCGCCGUGGAUCGUGUACCUCCUCAGAGGGCUACGGUGGCGUGGGCAUCGAGAUCAUGAAGGGGACGACCGUCGCGGGCCCUCGCCACGCGGGCCCGGGCAGCGAGAGGGCAGCGUGGACGCCGAGCUGCUGCUCAUCAGGAAGGGAGCGCCCUUCGUCGUCUUCCUGUCCAGCAUGAUCUUCGCGAGCAUCACGGCUCUCCGCGUGUGCCUCAACAGCGCCUACGCCGCCACCUGCAGCCACAAGACGCGGCUGCUGCUCGGCGACGGGGCGUCGAAGAAGGCCGUCAUGCUGCACCGGGUGCAGGGGCUGCACGCGCGGAUGGCAGAGGCCCGCCGCUCGGAGCGGCCGGACGACAUCCUGCAGACCACCCGCGACACGCACCAGGAGUACCUGAUUCAGCACAAGCUCAACAUGAAGAAGCUCUCUGCACUGGCGACAGCUGCAAGCGUGAUCUUUCUGCUGCUUGCGCUCAAGGCUCAAAUUGUGGGCGGGACGGCCGCCGCAAAGCGGAGAGCCGGGCUCGGUCCUGUCGCUGCAAUGGGUGCAAGGGCGUCGACCUCAGUCCCAGCGACGCCUGCCUCUGAGUGGGCUCCGUACGUGGCAGCGUCUUGCAUAGCUGAUUCCAUUGAUGACGAGGCGGCGAUCCAUUUCGUAGCCGAUGUUCUUCAGUGCACGCCUUUGCCAUCACCGUGGGUGAUCGGUACAGGUGAUAAGGGCCAGCGCCUUUUCAUCAAUGCCCGCACUGGGAUGUCCACAUGGGAGCACCCGCUGCUGGAUGUUUUGAAGUUGGUGGCAGAUCUUUACCAAUACUGCGCUCCGCUCUCGCAAGAACACCGUGAUGAAGUGCUCAGCGGCUUCCACCAGAUUUGUGACGUCGAAGCAAAGAAUGAGUACUGCAAAUGGCGCACCUUGCAGGCGGAGGGUGGGGACGAGUAUUAUGUCAACGUGGUGACGCACGAGGCUACAUGGGAGAAUCCGGCGAAGGCUUUCUUGCCGGGGUACUACAUGCGAAGCGUGGCCAUCGCGCGGUUGCGCAACCCCGGAUACUUGCAAGGGCUUCGCAGUAGGGCGUGCCCCAGCUGCACCCUCGAGCGCCACGUAGACGAUUCCGAGUCCGAGCCCACAGAGUGGAGACUGGACAUGGACCUCUCCAGCACGAUGCGGCUCCAUCACCACCACGCUCAAUGCCUCUUGCUCGGACUCCUGCUGCUCGGCAUCCACGGCGCGCUGCAGUCGGUCAAGACGGGUGCCACGGCCACCUCCAUGAUGCUCGAGUGGCCGGCGGGCCAGACGCACCCGAUCGAGGAAGGUGGUCGCACGCUCGUGCAGGCCACAGGGCAGCAGUUCACUGCGCCCGCCGCCUGCGCCAACACAUGCGGUGGCUUCGAAGAGGACCAGCCGGCCGUGGCGGCCAAGGUGCUCGUGCACACCGUGGCGGGCGUCGCAGAUGGCCCAGGCGAGAUCACUCGUGUGAUCACUGGUGUGGACUCGCAGACCCUCUCGAAUUCGAGCCCCGGCUGCACAUUGCGCGCUUGCUACGCACUGCACAUUUGCGAGGUGUAG